AGACACACAGCUGACCAUUAAUUCUGACCUAUUUAUGUCUGACCGUUCACAUGAAGUGGUAAAGCGGAGUCCUGCAUACGUCUGCUUUGGAUUUUACGCUAAUUAAGGACGAUCAACCAAAAAAGCAUCAAAGUGAGCAGGGACAAGAGGCGAGCCAUGUCCUCAGGACCUUUUACUUUAAGAGAGUAAAGUGGUAGGAGCCGUGACCAAAAUUAGAAGCAACAAGUCGGUAAAAUGGGAUUCUAGGUGGCAGAAGUCGAUUCACAACAGAAUUACUUAUCUGCACCGAAGUGGAACGUUGGCUCGGACAAGGAGGAUCAUCUCUUUUGGAGGCUAAUGCAGGUGGUGUCCAUUGCUCUCUGCAGUGAAAUGGAGACAGAGCCAUGUGUAGAGUACGAAGACCCUGCAGUGAAGCCUACAGAGCCUGUUGUAAGAGAGGCCAUUUCUGAGCUUGCUGACGGGGACAUUCACACCGAGCUGCCCUGUGGGCCUCCAGAGGAAGGCCAGACGAUGCAUGGGAAAGAGCAGGCUAAAAGAGAAAGCUGUGAAGGAGAGAGUAAAAGCUCCAAGAUAAUAGGAGCCUCUGAUCCUGAGCAACAUGGAGACACAGAAUGCAAGGAGAGGAGGAAACUGAAAAAAACAAACAGCUGGAAAAUGGUGCGAUUUCAAGACCCAUCAAUGGAGGACGAUGUGUUGGAGAGAGACAGCUCAGCAGAGAGUCUCUUUCCAGAAUAUGGGAUGGUGGAGUGGAGUUCCUCCACCUUUGAGGAGCUGUUCGAGGCAGACGAUUGGCAGGACAUCACAGAGGACCGGCUGUUGAGGAAAAAGGUGCUGGAGUCCGGGGCCCCACACUCCCUGAGCCCCGUCUGGGGCCAGGAGGUUACUGUGAAGAUGCAAUGUGUCCUGGAGGACUGCACUGUGGUGGAGAAGGACUGCAAGCUUGUUUUUGUUAUAGGAGAGGGAGAUGUAAACCAGGCCCUAGAGGAGUGUGUCAUGUCCAUGCAGAACGGCGAGAUCACAUUACUGCUUGCAGAUUCACAGUAUGCCUAUGGACUUCUGGGAAGGGAGCCUGAUAUUUCAGCAUGGGCUCCUUUACUGUACCAGCUCCAGCUGCUGGAUGUCAGUGAGAAACCGGACCCGUUAACUCUGCCCAUCGCAGACCGCAUCCGCAUCGGCAACCAGAAACGAGAGCGAGGAAACUUUCAUUUCCAGAGGGAGGAAUACAGCAUGGCUGCCGUAGCCUAUUGUAUGGCUCUGGAUGUGCUAACCACACGCAGCAGAGAUGGUGGCAACAGCGGCGUGGAGACGGAGGAGGAAGAGGUGUGGGACUACCGGGUGAAGUGUUUGAACAACCUGGCCACCGCUCAGCUCAAACUGGAGCAGUACGACGAGGCGCUGCACACCAGCCGGGACGUUCUGACCCUGGAGCCAAACAACGUCAAGUCUCUUUUCAGGACGGGAAAGCUCCUGUCAGACACGGGUGAAUACAUAGAGGCGAUGGAGGUGCUAAAAAGGGCCUUGAAACUGGAGCCGGCCACCAAGGCUAUCCACGUGGAGUUAUCUAAACUUGUCAAAAGGCAAUCGGGAGGCCAAGAUACUCCGGAGUGGAAAGCUAAACCAGCGGAGAUGCUCGGAGAGAACAUCACACCUUUCCUGAUUCCUUCUAAGAAGAAACCAACUGGAAUUUCCUGGAAGUUUAUACUCGGCGCUCUGGUUGUGGCCUUGGGCAGCUUGGUGACAUCAGUGAUUCUGACUGCAAGAAACUGAAAUCCUCUGCUUCAUCAUUAUCAAGUGCAGAGAGUAGUUUCCAGUCCUCUUUAGUUCAUUUGAAAAGUGUUUCUACUGUGAAGACAUGAGAAGGAAUGCAGCUCAGCAGCACCACAGUCUGAAGUUGUGUUUAAGGUAGAAAAAUGUUUCAGUAAAAAAGAAAAGAAAAGGGUGUACAAUAAAUAUAUAAAGAUAGUACAACAUCGAGUGAAUACCAGUUGAUGAUUGAUGAGACACAAGCUAUAAACAGUUAUCUUUACAGUCUGCUUUUAUUUGAAAAGGGAUUACAUUUCUGUUUGUAAUCUUUUGUAAAGACCGUAACCAAACUGCAAAAACUGUUUAUUAAACAAAUAACAAUGUCAUCAACCCAUUUCUGAGAAAUAUUUGAUCAGUACUCCAAUAAUUUAAGGCGUUAAAAUUGUAAUAUUGAAACACUGAUGCUUAAUAAAAAUGUUUAAAAAUA